AUGAAGAGCACAGCCCGAGAUUUUCUUAUCAGUUCGUCCAUGUUUAUCAGACACUUUGGCAUUAAUUGUCGGGGUGUUUUCAAGCGGCAAUUCUCUCAGAGAGCCCCUGCAAAUGUGUCGUGGGCACUGGGAAUGGCCGCUUGUGUGGGAGUUGUCGGCAUCGCCAGCUCCUACGGCACUUACCAGUAUUUCAGAAGUUAUCCACCAAUGGACGUAUUUCCGCCAAAAGCGACGACACCGCUCAGCGAUCUAAGCCAGUCGCCCGUCUAUGCAUCUGAGAGCACUGUCCAGGCAGCAGUGAAGGAAAUUUGCCAACUGUUGCGUCCCGACCAGACGUCCGUUUCAGACGGGGAGCUGGCAUUGCAUUCCGACAAUUCCUCGAAUUUCCACAAGCCAACCGAGGACGAGCGUCCAGACCUUGUUGUUUACCCUGAGAGCGUGGACGAGGUCGUUUCCGUGGUGAAGAUUUGCUCGAAAUACCGAAUACCCAUGGUUCCGUACUCUGGAGGAACGUCUAUCGAGGGCCACUUCAUCCCGACGAGACGGGGCAUCUGCAUUGACGUCGGUCGCAUGAACAGGGUGCUGGAGCUUCACGAGGAGGAUCUGGAUGUUGUUGUGCAGCCGGGAGUCGGUUGGCAGGAUCUGAAUGCGUAUCUUGACGAGUACGGUCUGAUGUUUGGACCCGAUCCGGGACCAGGAGCGUGUAUCGGUGGAAUGGUUGCCACUAACUGUUCGGGUACGCGGGCGACGAGGUAUGGGACGAUGAAAGACAACGUAAUUGGGCUGAAGGUGGUGUUGAGCGACGGAACCGUAAUCAAGACAAAGAACCGGCCUCGAAAGUCGUCUGCAGGCUACAACCUGACGGGGCUUUUUGUAGGCAGUGAGGGGACGCUGGGAAUCAUUGUGGAGGCCACGUUGAAGCUUGCGGUGCAGCCGGAAAACGAGGUGGUGGCCAUAGUCAAUUUCGAUAAAUUGUCGGAAGCAGCGCAGACAGUGACGGAGCUUUUCCGCCGCGGGCUGGCGUUGAACGCAGUGGAGCUCAUGGACGACCGUCAGAUGCGCUGUUUCGCCGAGAUGGGGGCCAGCGAGGGCCGCAAAUGGAGCGACAAGAACCUGCUGCUGUUCAAGCUUGGCGGCUCCAAAAACACCAUGAACGACCAGAUCAAAAUCGUGAGGCAGAUAUGCCAGAAGAACGGCGGAUUCAAUAUGGAAGUGGCCGCUGAUCAGGAGGAAAAAGACGAGAUCUGGAGAGCUCGCAAGGUACAGCUGUGGACGUCGAUCGACUGGGCCCAAAAAAUGAUCCCCAACGCACAGGCCUGGCCCACAGACGUUGCCGUUCCGAUUUCGAAGCUGCCCGCAGUCAUCACCGAGACUGUUAACGAUAUCGAGUCAAACGGGCUUCUGACGACGGUUGUCGGACAUGUUGGCGACGGAAACAUCCAUGCGCUGGUGAUUUUCCCUCCCGAAAAACGGGCGGUGGCGGAAAAGGUGGUGCACAAUAUGGUGAAGCGGGCCAUUGAAAAUGAGGGAACAGUGUCCGGAGAGCACGGUGUGGGGAUUGGUAAGAGGGAGUUUCUGGAACAAGAGCUGGGCCUGGAGGCUGUGAACACAAUGAGACGGCUGAAGCUGGCUCUGGAUCCUCAUCUUUUGCUAAACCCAGAUAAAAUAUUCCAAAUAGACCCUCACGAAAUGAGGAUAGAGAAGUAA